CUGCUAAUCCUGCUAUCUUGACAUUCAUGCGAGUUUUGUUCGAUUGGUCGUCAUUGAGUUUUACGACGAUUAUCGUCCUUUUGUAAUGAGCUAGAACGUUCGCAUAGCUAUUAACUUUUACCUUUUUUAUUUAGUCUUUCUAUACAGUACACGUAAUUAUGCAGUAAAAUAAAAAUUGCCGAACUCUUCGCAAACACAAGUUGUUAUCAUUCGCCUAGAUUCUCAUGGAGAUUAGCCCACAUAUAUCACGACGUACAUAACAGUAAGAGCCAUCCGCCUCGGUAACUGUAAUGGAAAUCUACUUCAACUCGACCAGCAGACGGAAGAAAUCCACCGUGGAAGGCUAUAAGUGAAGUGAGCGGUGCGUGUUUAGGAAGUAAUCGUGGAGGACUGGGAGAUCGUCGACGGACGUGAUCUAUGUGCGCGUAACGGUGACAUGAGCACGAACAUCAAGCGGCGUGGAGCUAGUGGGUCCAGUUGUUCAGUGCCCGGAGUGCCGGCCCUCGUGAACGCGCCCACCGCCAUGUCUGCCGACCUCGCCUCGCUGUUUGAGUGUCCCGUUUGCUUCGACUAUGUGCUGCCCCCCAUCCUACAGUGUCAGAGUGGGCACCUGGUGUGCUCUAGCUGCCGUCCCAAGCUGUCCUGCUGCCCGACGUGUCGCGGGCCCCUCGGAAAUAUUCGCAACCUUGCAAUGGAAAAGGUUGCCAGUAAUGUUAUGUUCCCCUGUAAACAUUCUAACACGGGCUGUACUGUGACUCUUGUGCACACGGAGAAAGCUGAACAUGAAGAAGCUUGUGAAUUCAGGCCGUACUCUUGUCCUUGUCCCGGGGCAUCCUGCAAGUGGCAAGGUGGUCUUGAUCAAGUAAUGCCGCAUCUAAUGAUGUCUCACAAAAGUAUCACAACACUCCAAGGAGAAGAUAUAGUGUUCUUAGCUACGGACAUCAAUCUGCCCGGUGCGGUGGACUGGGUGAUGAUGCAGUCAUGCUUCAAUCAUCAUUUUAUGUUAGUUUUAGAAAAACAAGAAAAAUUUGAUGGUCACCAGCAGUUCUUUGCAAUUGUGCAACUUAUAGGAUCUCGUAAAGAAGCUGAAAACUUUGCAUACCGAUUGGAGUUGAACGGUCACAGGCGUCGGCUAACGUGGGAGGCAAUGCCUAGAUCCAUUCACGAAGGAGUGUCAUCGGCCAUCAUGAACUCAGACUGCCUGGUGUUUGAUACAUCACUUGCACAAUUAUUUGCAGAUAAUGGCAACCUUGGUAUAAAUGUCACAAUAUCUAUUGCCUAACCAAUGUUUCUUUUUACAAUUUAUGUGAGCUAAAACUCUUGUAUUAGACUCAUAAUUACGCAGUGUGUUACACGAAACAUGACAUAAAAGUUGGAACAAAUUUGCAAAUUUUAAAAUGUAAUUUUAUUUAGUUUUCUUUUUUUUUUUCUAAAUGUAAAUAAUCUUUGUCCAUAGAUAAAUGUAAUCGUUAAUUUUCUAAAUCAUAUUAUUUUAUGAUUUACUUACCAUCUCACGUAUAUAUGACUUGUACUAUAAUUUAAAUAUAAUUGUUCAAAUGAAAGUAAGCCAAAAAAAUGUUUUUUUUUUCUUUUCAACUUUUGUAAAUGUGUGUUCAAUAUAGUUGUAAGUAGCAGAAGUGAUUAUUUCUUGCUAAUUCAAUAAUUGCCUUGUGAACAUAGUUUAUAACAAAUUAUGACGAAUGAUGAUCGCAAGAAGGGAUUACUUAAAUUCUGUAAAAUGAACAAAUUUGUAUUUUAAAUGCAUGAAAAAAUUUUUAGUGAAUAAAAUUUAUAAUAGAAA